GAGGAAGCAUCCGCCAAGAAUCAGCGCUCGGGAAGGGGGAUUUGCCUUGCGCCGGCUGUGGCACACUCCACCACUUAGGUGCAAAAUAUGAGGAACACGAGCGGACAGACCACCUUUUCUCUCGUGUUUUGGCUCAAUGACUUCAUACGGUUGCAGUGCGGGCCACCGCCCAUCAACACCAGCCCCUGUUGAGCUCCGCUCGGGAGAGGCGGCAUUGUCGGCAGUAUGGUAACGAGAUGUCAUUAUACCAGCACAGGGUAUCGCGAAUAUAUAAGAGCAUGGCCUUGUCCUGCUGUAGUAUACUUAUUAUUUCAUCAUCAACACAUCUGUCCGCCUCUUAUACUCAAAUCUCCAACAAGACUUUCACAUCUCAAGAACACCAUCAUACCGAUUCAAUCAAUAUGAAAUUCACCACCGCUGCCAUCGCCGCCUCUGCCGCUGCCCUUGUCUCCGCUUCUCCCUGCGGCAAGGCCCCUUCUGACACGGAGAUCAAGACCGGUGAUGUCUUCAGCAUCAUAACCAUCCGCUCCGGUUCCGACAUUCAAUAUGGCUCGCUCCAAGCCGCCAACGGCGCUUUCUACGUCAACACCCCCAAGCAGAACGCCACAUGCUCCGAGGACUCAAAUUUCGCUUCUUUUCGCCUCACAGACGCCGGCGAGCUGUUCCUCAACACAGAGAACACUCCUCAACAAGCUUUCGUCGACCGAUCUGGCAUGGGACAAGGCGUCUUCCAGUAUACCACAGGCACCGCAGGCGCGAGCGCCAACUCAGAGCGCACUGGCUUUGCCCUCGAUGAGAACAACAACCUCGUCUUCAAGGCCCAGACAGACAUUGGCUUCCAGGCGUGCCCUAACGCUGCUCAGGGCGGCUACUCGGUAUGGCUUGAUGAUACUCAGAACCCCGGCGGCAACAGCAAUUGCCUUGGUUUUAUUGCCCGCACUCUGAAGUCGCCUAAGCCUGUCACUUGCACGUACACCUCCAACUAAGCGGUUGCUUAGCAAGUGUGGGAUAGCAUGGUCAAGAACAGGAUGAUGCUUGCGAUUUACUGUACAUAUUUGAUAGAGAGCAUGUCCUUACGUUCCUUAGCGCAGCAUUUGGAUUUGGAUUUUUAAACCUAUGACCUGUAGAUAGUGUAAUGCAAGUUCGUCGCAUU